AUGGAUGAAGCUGGUGAGAGCGGAGAUCCUAUGGAUCAGUUCCACCGUAACGAGGCUAUAUCAGCGGUGGCUGACGAUGGUUUUUUAGCGGAAGAGGAUGAUGAUUACGAAGAUCUUUACAACGAUGUUAAUGUUGGCGAGGGUUUUCUUCAAUCGUUGCGGAAAAACGAUGAUUCGGGUGUUAGGAAUGAUGGUGGCGAGGAUAAGAAGGUUCAAUCGGGUUCUGUUGUAAAGGAUCCGAGUGGAGUUACGGUGGCUGGUGUCGGUGGUGGUGAUGGGAAUUUGGGUACUGUUGCUGGAGGGGAUGAAUCUAGGGUUUCUGGGAGAGUUGAUGGGUUUCAGAAUCAAGGGUUUAGAGGGGGUAAUUCUGGAGUUGGAUCGGGUUCGGGGAUUGGUGGUGGUGGUGGUGGGAUUAGGGUUGAAUUAGGUCAAGCGUCUGGGAAAUUGAGUGAAAUUGAAGAGCAGAGAGGUAAUGAUGGUGUUGGAGUGCAGGGGGGUGUGCAGUUGCAACAACAGCAGCAACAACAUGGUGGUGUUGUUGGAAAUGAUGGUUUGGUAAGACAAGUUCAAGGUGUUGGUGUUAGUGGUGUUGUUGGAGGGGUUAAUCUUAGUAGGGUUGGAGGAAAUGGGGCUGGGAAUAAUGUGAUUGCUAUUAAUAGUGUUAAUACUGGAGGAGGCGAAGGUGGUGUUGUUGGUGGAGGAGGAGGAGGUGGAGGAAGUACUGUAUUAUUUGUGGGUGAUUUGCAUUGGUGGACUACUGAUGCUGAGCUGGAAGCUGAGCUUUGCAAGUAUGGACAAGUUAAGGAGGUGAGGUUUUUUGAUGAGAAAGCUAGUGGAAAAUCCAAAGGGUAUUGUCAGGUUGAGUUUUAUGAAGCAUAUGCCGCAACAGCUUGUAAGGAAGGGAUGAAUGGUUAUUUAUUUAAUGGGAGGCCUUGUGUUGUUGCUUUUGCUUCGCCUUUUACUGUUAAGAAAAUGGGAGAGGCUCAGAAUAAUAGAAAUCAGCAGGUGAACCAAGCUGCCGGAGGGGUUAAUCAGGGAAGGAGGGGGCCUGCUGAUGUGGGGGCUAAACCCGGUGGUAGUAAUAUUGCGACAGGUGGUAACUACCAAGGUGGAGAUGGGAAUAAUAAUAAUAAUAGAGGUUAUGGAAGAGGUAAUUGGGGGAGAGGGAAUAAUCCUGGGAUGGGGAAUAGAGGGCCUGUUAAUCCAAUGAGAAACAGAGGCGGUGGGAUGGGCGGCAGAGGUAUUAUGGGUAAUGGUGGAAAUGGAUUCGGACAGGGUAUUGGUGGUGCCCCGCCGAUGAUGCAUCCUCAGUCAAUGAUGAAUCAGGGUUUUGAUCCUGCAUUUGGUGGUCCCAUGGGUAGAAUGGGAGCCUUUGGAGGCUAUCCAGGUGGUCCGGCACCUCCGUUCUCGGGGAUGAUGCCUUCAUUUCCUGGCGUUGGAGGUGUUGGUCUGCCUGGAGUAGCACCUCAUGUUAAUCCCGCCUUUUUUGGAAGAGGGAUGCCUGUGAAUGGAAUGGGGAUGAUGCCUACGUCGGGUAUGGAUGGUCCCAAUAUGGGAAUGUGGCCGGAUCCAAAUAUGGGCGGAUGGGGUGGUGAAGAACCUGGCGGUGGCAGGGCUGGAGAGUCAAGCUAUGGGGAGGAAGCUGCAUCAGAGCAUCAGUAUGGCGGUGAGGUGAGUCAUGAUAGACCUGGGUGGCAGAAUACUACGAGGGAAAAGGAUAGAGGAUCUGAAAGGGACUGGUCUGGUUCUUCUGAGCGAAGAUAUAGGGAUGAUAGAGAUCAGGGAUAUGAGAGAGAUGCACCUAGAGAAAAAGAAGUGGGACAUGAACCUGAAUGGCCAGAAAGAAAGCAUCGUGAGGAUAGGGAAGUGGUGGUUAGAGAACGAUCCCGUGACCGUGACAGGGAAAAGUCUCGUGAUCGUGACCGUGAGCGCGAAAGAGGUGAUCGAGAUCGUGACAGGGACAGAUACAGGGAAGAUAGGGACAGAUAUGCAGAUCAUCACAGGUACAGAGAUCGUGAACCAGAGCAUGAGGAUGAGUGGGAAAGGGGGCGGUCGUCUAGGACUCACAGUAAAUCAAGAUUAUCACAGGAUGAGGAACACCAUUCUAGGUCAAAAGAUGCUGAUUAUGGGAAGAGGAGGCGGCUGACCUCCGAGUAA